GAAUUCCUGCGAAGGAGAUGAUGCAAUCCAUGACAGGCAAGGCACAGGAGGCAAGGUCAUAAGGCAGUUGGCGAAGCAAGAGGUGGAGGAUGGUGGAGGCGCGUGAUAAUAUGCUGUUCUGAUAAAACGUUUUUAGAACUGCUAUGCUACCAAUGGCUAGUUAGAGUGUAUCUUUUGAACAUCAUCCAUCAUAACAUGGCACAAAUAAGAGCACAGCUAUUUAGAGUAUGGCACGACAGCUCAAUCAGCUGGCCUAUAAUGCAUCAGCGUCAACAAUCACUUAGGCCAUUACUGUUAAAUGACAAGAGCCUCAUCACACGCAGGUUUCCUGUUUUGAUAUGUAGACAAAGCUCAUCCUAUUUAGAUGAGGCGAAAAAACGGCAAAUAAAGAUUUCAAAUGAUAUGAAGAAUGAAUAUAUGCCCAAAAGACUGGGCUUCCUGAGGCAGAAUCUCUCAUCAAGAAAUAGCAGCUUUUUAACAACAAACUGCACAAUGUUUCAUCAACCUUUAUCUGAAUUCAGAGUUGUACAUGCUAGUUUUCAUACAAGUGCUUUACUUAAUGAAAUAAUUGAUGAAAGAAAAAUAAUGCUAGAUGAUAAGUCAAAAGUUGAAGAGUAUAUAGAGCAUCAGAGAAAAAAACGUCAAACAAAUCAAGAAAAGAUGCAACUAAUUGAAGAGAAACUGCAAGAAGCAUUUAUUUACAAACCAGAAAAGCCCAAAGACGCCUUAGAUGUCCGGGAGAAAUUAUCAAUCAAGGACAAAAUUAUGAAAGAAGUGAUGCACUAUUAUGAUGGAUUUAAGUUAUUAUAUUUAGAUACAAGAGUUGCUGCAAAGCUUUUGUGGCGAGUGUUGAAUGGGGAAGUACUGCUUAGAAGAGAGAGGAGGCAGUUUCGUCGAACUGUUGCUGAUCUUUUGCGCCUAGUACCAUUCAUGGUGUUUUUGAUAAUUCCUUUUAUGGAGUUCUUGCUCCCUGUAGCUAUCAAAUUAUUUCCAAACAUGCUCCCAAGUACAUUCGAGGACAAGUCUAAAAAGGAGGAAGCUCGCAAAAAGUCCUUGAAGUUGAAACUUUCAAUGGCUCAGUUUUUGCAAGAUACAAUUGAAGAAUUGGAAGUAAGUACAAAGACAAAAAAAUCAGAAAAGAGACUGAAGGAGUUUGCAAACUUUGUUCAACGGAUAAGAUCUGAAGGAGAGCAGCCAUCAAAUGAUGAAAUAAUCAGAUACUCGAAACUUUUUGAGGACGAGAUAACACUUGAGAAUUUGACUCAUCCACAGUUAAAAGCAUUGUGUCGUCUUUUGAUGAUGUCUGCUGUUGGUACUAGCAACUAUUUGAGAUUUACGCUGAAGAUGAAGCUACAAGAACUAAAAGCGGAUGACAAGUUGAUUCGUAAAGAAGGGCUCGAUAAACUGAGCACGGCAGAGCUGCAACAGGCCUGUGUUAGCCGAGGUAUGCGUGGAGUGGGGGUGCCUGUCGAAAGACUGAAAUCACAGCUCAAGCAGUGGCUAGAACUGAGUUUGAAUGAAGAGGUUCCAGCAACUUUGCUGCUUCUCUCAAGAUUGUUAUACAUUUCUGACCAUCUGACAAGCACCGAUCAACUUAAAGUUACCCUGUCACAGCUUCCCGAAAGAGUGGUUGAUGAAAUGGAAAUCAAAAUUGGAAACAUUGAGGGUGAACAGGUCAACAGGAGAACUCGUAUCGACAUUUUGACAGAUGAGGAAGAAAAGAUAAGACUUGAACGUGAGCAGCUUGAAAAUGAAAAACAGAAGAAAGAAAAGGAAAGAGUUUUGGCUGAAGAAUUAAAGGACAAGGCAGCGUUAUUCCAGGACACUUUGGUAAAUUUGAAGGGAACCCUGUCAAGCGAUCGCGAUGAACUGAAUAUUUUAAAAGAAGAAAGAAAAGACUACCAGGAGGGCUUGAAGGAACUUGCAAAAGAAGCACUGGAAGAAGACAUAUCGGAAUCGGCUGCAGGCUCGAGACUUGGCAAGCGCCUUGAUGACAUGAUUGAAGCAAUCCAUGAAGGUCUCGAUGAGUUGGAAGACGAUUCCAAAGAAGUGGUGCCAGAGAUUGAUGCUGACAGAGAUGGCAAGAUCACAACGCAAGAAUUGCUAGUAGCGUUGCGAAAGAACGAUGGGCUCACAGAAGAAAAGGCCCUUCAAUUGUGCCAAGUCCUUGACAUUGACAAUGAUGGAACUCUUGACCUUGAUGAACUGAAAAGGGUCGUUGAGCUGAUAGAAAGAGAGGAUAUGAAGAUUUCAGACGAACAAGUAGCCGAAUUGUUAAUGCAUAUCAAACGAGGAGAGGACAUUGUCACUAUUGAGCAAAUGCUGGCAAAAGAAAAGAGCAAUGCAAUCCUGCGAUUUGUCCGUUCCGCAUAUAACAAGCGCAAAGUCUCUAAACGCUAGGUAGCCUUUUGGUUACGCCCUUCAUUAAAACAUAUACACAAGCAGACACAUCUUAAAUGAAUAAACUGAAUGGCGUAUGUAGGGGUGUGUGUAUCUGAAGUUUUGUUGCUGGAUCUUGUUUAAAUCUUUUAGAUAUCGUGUUGGAAAAAAAAAUAAAAGUAUUCAACGACAGGUUUUUUGUACAAGUGAGUACACGUUGCUGUUUCACAUGCAAUAGAACGGAGAUCGUAUUAAGCACGUACUUUAAGAAAUCUGUUAAUAAAGUAUAGUAUAUUCGUGAGCAGGAUGCGGGAACACUAGCUUAACUUCGGUGUCCACUCACAACAAGUCUCGUACAGCGAAAUACUCAACGCUAAUUAAUUGUUCUAUCCUUGCAUACAUUGUCGGUUAUUCUAACUGAUAUUCCCGAGAAUAGUGUCUCCGUGUGAAACCAAGACAUAAACUUACUGCCUAACAUUUAGUGAGACCCCACCCUUAUUCUCUGCACCCAAUCGCAACUAAUACUAGCAAAAUUACCGGACCUGUAAAUGUUGGCCCUGCUAUGCUACCCAUACCUUGUUACUCGUAGUCAGAUGGGUCAAGUGAUACCUGCUUUGUUCGAUUUCCUUCUCGUUAUUGCUGAAAUUUUUCUUGCUCUUAGAAUUGUACGUAAAUUAGAAUUUCACGUCCUUGGAAGAGGUUUUUAGUGCAUUCACUCUGCUUUUGGUAGCUCUAGAACAUGUUUUUUUUAAAUUAGCUAACAUUGGUGAAGAAUACCUCUGACUAGACUUUA